AUGAGUAAUACUAUAGAUAGAAGAAGACUUUUAGGCCCUCCAAAUGCUAAACCAUUGAUAUUUGCCCCAUUAUCUGAGAAAGAUCAACAAAAAACCCUAAUUGACAAAACAAAAGAAGAUGAUAUUGAAGCUCAAAUUUCAAGAACAUUCAUAAAGACAGGAUUAAUAACAAAUGCUAAUGGAUCAUCAUUCAUAGAAGUUGAUGGUAAUAUUAUAUCAGUCUCAGUUUAUGGACCAAGACCAAUUAGAGGUUCAUUUGUUGAAAAGACCACAUUAAGUGUUCAUUUGGAAGAUAGUACAGAUUUGUUCAGUGAUCUAUUGAAUAAGAAAUUUUGCAACUAUAUUGAAAAUAAUUUCCUUAGUGUGAUAAAUUUGUCAAAGUAUCCAAAAUCUGGUAUUGAUAUCUUUAUAAAUAUAAUAUCGGUGCAAGAUGCUGAAAAAUUAUAUUUGAAAACAUUAAGUUUGGUUUCUGAUGCAACUACAUUGGCUUUAGUAAAUGCUGGUAUUGAAAUUAUAGAUCUUGUUGUCUCGGGGUUUGAUUUGAAUAAUAAUUCAGUGUUGAGUUUUAUCAAAACUAAUGAAAUUGUGGGGUUAUUGAGUGAAUCUGAAGAUUCCUUGGAUAAUUUAUCAGAAGUUAUAAGAAAAACUCAAAAGAAAUCUGCCGUUGUGAAGAAUGCAUUGACUACAUACCUAAUAAGCAAUAGUAAAUAG